AUAGGCGAACAGUAAUCCUAUAAAACAUAAUAAAAAAUCCUUAAAUUGCCAUAUUCCGUAGAAAGUUGAAAUGUAUUUUACAUGUUUAUUCAGUAAGUCACAGCAGGCACAACUUCUGUAUUAUGUUGUUGUUUUUUUUCAUUUCUGUUAUCCGUUUAUUUUGUAUGAAAAAUUCUCUUUGAUUUUCCUGAUAUCACGAUUGACUUCCCUGAAAUUCCUAAGACAUUUAUAUUUAUGUCUUAGAUUCUUAUCAAACCGCUCUAUACGUUAUAUGAAAUGCCAUAAAGUUGUUAUUGAUAAAACGUAUAUUUUAUUGCACGUCAUCCUUUGAACAAUAUGCUCUAUCACGGUUUCAAAUAAGUUGCGUUACUCUCCAGUUCAGCGUUGUAUUUAAUUCAUGAUCAUAAUGCCUAUACUUUGUACUUUGUACUUUCAUUGAUUACUCUGAAAUCGUUUAUGUUGUCAAUCGCUUUAUUGACAAGAUGUACUUUUGGUUCCUGGUGACGUGUGUUUGCUUUCAUUAACAUUUAGUUUGCUUCUCAGAUGAGAACCUUGACCUUGUGCACUUGAUGUAUGCAGGGAGAACUGUCAGGAAUAUUGGACAAGAGUUUCAGUCAAGCAUUAAACGUUUGUCGUGGACUUGGUCUGCUCGACUGCAUUUGAAUCCAAAGCACUUUUUAUGUAAAAAACCGUUUGUUAACCAUAUUGAUUUGAUGAAGGACAGAAGAAACUAUGCUUGAGAUGAUCCGGUGAGAUGCAGGAGUUGUCAGGAUGGAUGGGUCUAAACUACAAGGUCUGCUUUGUCCCAUGUGCUUUGAUAUCCUCACAACGGCAAGGACUCUUAAAUGUGGACAUUCUUUCUGCAACAACUGCCUUGACGGAGAUACCGAGCAGAAGGGUACUGAAGCCAUAUGUCUUUUAUGCAGUGAGGAAAACCUUGCUAUGGGGGCUGGACAGGGAGAUGUGACCUACGAAAUGAAAUCAAAUGACAAGGGGUCUGCUGUAGGAGUAAGCGAUGAUCUUUCUGCAAUGAGCAGUCUAACUUUGGCAGGGGAAUCAACAAGUGCAGAUAAGCAAAAUUCAAAGUCUUCUGCUGAUGGUGGAACAAAGAAGGCAGGGGAACGACUGAAACCAACGAGCUCAGAAUCGGCUAAUUCUGGAACUAGUGGAAACAUUAAAGCAAAGGUUGCUUCGGUGGUCCAAAUACCACGAAGAGCGUGCAAUGUGAACGGGAUGGCAGCCACGUCGAAGGAUUCUGUAGUCGUAGGUUUCGGAUGGGAUGGGAAAGGUUCCGACUGCUUUUCCAUGUCCGGUGACAAAACUCAACAUUUGAAGCCGGCAGUGGGUAACGUAUGUGACAUUUCAUUUCUCUCUAAUGGUAACUCAGUUGUGUCACUCGGAAACAACACAGGUCGUGUGUACGACCCCGAAGGUACACAGACGGACACAAAAUACUCUUUCAUUCAGGGUUUGGGGCAUCCAUGCCUGUGUACUGAUCAGCAAGAUAACGUUUAUGUCGUCAACGGAAACCCAUCAAUUUACAUCUUCAAAGGCAACACGAAGGAUCCGCAUACCGUUGUCCCAACAGGAAAGAUUCUGCCAUUACAGGUCUGCGUCACGAAGGGCGGUGUGAUGAUCACAUCUACCGGUAAUUUCACACGCGGUCGGAUCACGGUGUAUGACAAGACCGGAAAUGCAGGCAGCUCCAUCGCUGCAGCAGGUUCCGACAACGACGAGGACAAUGAAGAUGGCGAAUGCCUCUACGCUACGGUGGACGAUCAGGAUAGAGUGUAUAUAGCGAGGGUAAGGCGUUGGUCCAGCGUAAUAUCUUUGACUAGGUAUACUCUUGAGGGUACGGAGCUCCUUGAAGAUGUGGCCUUUGGGGAAAUCCCCAUUCCACACCAGAUUGAUAUGGCUUGUUGGUGUUAUGUGGUCACUUUAACGCCUAAAAUGCUUGUCUUUGCUAAUGACUGUUUUCUGUAUUUCAUAGAGCUUUUAGAGUAAUUUGGGAUUUGUUCUACUCAUCCAUCGAAUAAAACCACUUUAAACUGCACGGAUUAUAUAUAAUGACUAUUAUAGAAAAGGAAUUUCAAUAAUUUCUCUUCUUUCCCGGUGCGUGCUUGUUAGAGCUCUAUGGUCAAUCCCAAAAAAUGUUUUUAAAACUAAACCAGUCCUGUAUGGCGCAGUUAGAAGGCUGCUCUUGACCAAUUAAAAUGCCUCCCAUUAAUGGACUCGCAUCAAUCGCUUAUCGAUGUACACUAAUUUAAAACUACCUUCUGAUACCAAUAUGAAUAAUAAUACCGUGAUAGGAUGAUAUGGUUAUAAGUAGUUUACCAUAUUUCUGAAGUCUCUAAACUGUUUACAUGACUAACAUUUAAUAACAAUACAAUAUUUCAUACUGUUAUAUUUUCAAUAUGCAUUUGACGAGACUAUGGUGAAUUUCUUUGAUCAAAGUAUCCUUAUACAAUCAUAUAUUUCAUGUCAAUAGGAGUAUAAAAAUAUAUCAAAUCUUAUAGUAUUAGUAGAUCAUCGCCAAAUUUUCACUUUUGUUUAUAUUUUCAAGGGGCAAUCUGAAAGAGAAUCUUUCGAUUUUGUGGUUAAUUCUUUUUUUUUCACUUAAAGGAUUAUCAAGUCUGAUGAUUCUAUACAAACAUGCUCAUGACUCAUUAAAAGAAGGAAUUCUCUCCUGUUUUACAAUGACAGCUUUCAUUCAUAUUUUAUGUGAAGAAAGUAAUUUCGUAUCGUUCUUAUUUCUUAUCAGAAGUUUGAUUCUACUUUAAUGUUUUACUGUAAAGGCAACUUUCACUAAUUUUAUAAAUAGUGUUUGUAUAUUGCAAUCAUUGUCCUUAGUUUUCACAUCAGUGUUUCUAUUUUUAAUACUUUUAUGUUGUAUGACAAUUUUUGUUACUAUUUAAUAACACCUUUCAUUUGUAAUACGUAUGAAAAGAAUAUGUUUUGUUUUAAAAAUCAGUGUACAAAGCUAAACGAGAAGACAACUCAUGAGGGUGGCCUGAUUAAAUCAAUAAUUCAAUUUUGUCUAAGAUUUUACAAAUGACUAUGAUUACAUAUUUCACUUUAUUAAUUCAUCAUUUCUCAGUUUCUGUAGGAGUAUUAUCCUUUAAUUAGCUAUGAAAUCAUAUUUCCAUAUUUUAAAUCUCACCCUUCGUGACAACCAAACUACUUUGUCAUCCUAAUGAGAUAAACCACCUGCGGUAGUUUUGAUCGUUGCUUUGUUUUUUCUGCCAGUAGAACAUAACAUAUUUUGAUUAAUGAGCUAUGCACGUUAAGAUGUUAAAGACCGACCAGAAUGGUCGAGCAGUAAAGAUUGCGCCUCAUGAAUGGAAGGUCGUAGAUUCGAUCCUCGACGGGACUGAAAACUUAUGCCGUCUUCAGGCGCUGGACAUUGCAAUUCAUAAUUAGAAUUAGACCUCAGACUCUUUAUUUGCACGUACAUUUUUAAUGGGAACUCCAAGUUAUUACUUGGCACGUUGAUUUGUGAUGACAUUGUGGAUAAUUAAUUAUAUACCGUGUGUCUAAAAAAAACGUAACACUUUUCAAAUGGUUGCCAAAUUGAGCAUAUAUUAUUUCAUGAAAAAAUGUCAAUAUGUAUGGAAAGCUAAAGGACCAACCUUUCAUAUGAAAUG